ACCGCGGACCCGCCUGGGGAGGCGCGUCGGAGGACUCUUCCUCUCGAACGCUCACCACGCACGUUUCUCCCAUCCCUCUCCGUAUCUUACGUCCCAGUACAGCCCAAGUGUAGCCUUACGUACUAGGACGAAUCUAGCGACGCCUGUCUAUCUGCUCCCAGCGCUCCUGGAUGUCUGCAAAGCGUAUAUAGCACCCCAGCAAGCACUUUGGUACAUCUCUGGCAUCUCUUGGACACUGCUCGUAACAUACCACGAUGGAGGGCGUUAUAGAGGUUGCAGGAAAUAACGAUGGGCAUCCCCUCAUUAUAUUCCUUUCGUCGUUCUUCUGGGUCGUUCUUUGGCUGUUGUCGUGGGUAAAGCUACUCGUUGCGUUUGCCACUAUAUCUGUCCCUAGGUUCAUAUAUGCGGUGCUUUCCUAUUCCAUGACACUAACCCUUAACUUCUGGUCGUUUGCCAUCAUGUUCGGUCUCUCAUUGGUGGCACUGAACUACUGGAUACGAUUCCGAUACCUGAACAUAUAUACGAAGCUGAAGGAACCACCGCUCGUCAAGGCCGAUGCGCAGGAGUUGCAUCCCGAUGUCAAUACUCCAGAGUCGGCGCCCGCAUUCCACAACUACCUGGACGAGUUCCUGCAAGCCGUUCGAGUAUUCGGGUUUUUGGAGAAGCCAGUGUUCCACGAGCUGGCUAGGCACCUCCAGACGCGUCGACUCAUCGCUGGUGACAGUAUCUCGCUGGAUCAAGACAAGAGUUUUUAUUGCGUGGUCGAUGGCACUGUGCAACUUUUCGCGCGCACGGGAAAUCACGUCGAUGGACAGCGUAGCGGAUCUUGGGACGAUGAAGAUAUGAAUGGCUACCAGCUCUUGAACGAAGUUGGCACCGGCGGCACGCUCUCAAGUCUAUUUACCAUCCUGAGCCUCUUUACCGAGAACGUCAAAAUCAGCUGGCAAGAUGACGAGGCCCUCGAGGACCCACAUGCGGACACUGACGCAGAUUCGGUCGUGAGCGGCGAGAGGAGUUCUGUGCGCCCUCCUGUACGCGUGAGGCCACACCGUUCUGAUUCGGACGUUUCGACGAUGCACCUGGACUACGUGGCGAAACAGCGUCGCGCUUCACCCGAUGCCAUGUCGCCGCGGGCUCGUGGGCGCGGGGCUUCAGUCUCAUCUUCUGGGUCGACUGUUCAUCCUGUGGGCGUGUCCUCUCCGCAUUUUCCGUCACGACAUCGGUCUGUGUCUCAAGGGCCGUCGGUCUCUGGCCUGUCUUCCACAUCGAAUCGGACGACAUCCACAGCACAAGUUAGACGGAGACCCGUCCCUAGCAAUCCAAAUCACAGUUCCUAUGGAGUAGUCGCAAGAGCUACGGAGGACAGUACUCUUGCCGUUAUUCCCGCGGAGGCGUUCAGGAGACUCACGAAGAAGUUCCCCAAGGCGGCCGCUCAUAUCGUGCAAGUGAUCUUGACGCGCUUCUCUCGCGUAACAUUCAACGCCGCUCAUAACUAUUUGGGCUUGACUACCGAGGUUCUCCGUACCGAAAAGGCCAUCAAUGAUAUAGCAUGCCAUCCCCUCCCUCCUUCAUUUUACGAAGGUGGCGGUCUAAAGCACCUGCGUCAGCGCUUUGACGGUGUUUUAGCAUCGACCCCCGACGAGGAGGCGGAUAGCGACUACUUCAGUUAUCCGUCUUCGUCCAAGAAUUCGUCCGAAUCCUCCAUCAGCGAUGAUCUCAAAACAUCGGAAGAGCCAAGCAAGUCGACCAAUAACAGUUCCAGAAAGAGGUCUACAGCCACACCGUCCAGAAGAAAUACAGCGCGUCAGCACGUCCAGCCAGGCGACCUGCUGAGUUCUGCGGACCCUUCUACCGACACGAUGAGACCACAUUUACGCUCACGAAGCUCGCUAUUCACCCCUCUUCCGACGCCGUCCGCAUCUCUCAGCAGCAUGCAUGGAGUACAACGUCUGUCCAAAGACGAAUUUGACCUUAGGGACGAAGUCAUGUCCUGUAUCGCGAAGUCGAUUGGCCUCUUGCAGCCCCCUUUGAGCGGCGAAGAGUCUGUGGAGGCGUCUCCUGCUUUCCCCCCUAGUGAUGCAGGCCGCUCGCGCAGCGGGGUAUUUGGUACCUCGUUCGGGUCUUUGUCGCUAUUGGAGAUGGUCGAUGAUGCUUCUUCAAGCGUGACCGGGUCUUCGUCCGGCAGAGAUGAUGGCUACCUCAGUGGAUUGGACAACGAAGUAGAAAUCUUGUUUUUCCCUGCCGGCUCCCUCUUGGCCAAAGCUGGCCAGAGAAAUACCGGACUUUUUUAUGUGAUCGAGGGCUUCUUGGAAAUCCUUCUACCUGAGCCUACCGGACCUGGUGCGUCGGAACCGAAGCUCACGCGUCAAAGCGAGAUUCGCCCCUCCUCGGUGAAAACGGAAUCGCCCGCUUUCGAGAAACAUGCCACUUCACGGACUCCCAAGGGUCCCUCCCCCAAGGACCUGCCGAAGCCUCUGUUCACUGUCAAGCCCGGUGGGAUUGCAGGAUAUCUUUCCUCAUUGUGCAACACCGCGUCUUACGUGGACAUUAAGGCCAAGACCGACACUUACGUUGGCUUCCUUCCCGCGAAUGCAUUGGAGAGGUUGCUCGAAAAGAGGCCCAUAGUUCUGCUUACAUUGGCGAAGCGUUUGAUUUCACUGCUCUCCCCUCUCGUGUUGCACAUUGACGGCUCUCUCGACUGGGUGCAAGUCAACGCAGGGCAGGUUCUCUGGCGCCCUGACGAUGUCAGCGACAGCUUCUACAUCGUAAUUAACGGCCGUCUACGAGUUAUCUCUGAGAAGGAGGGCGGCGGCGUAACCAUCCUUGCUGAGUAUGGUCAGGGUGAUACGGUUGGCGAGCUUGACGUCAUCACCAGUUCCCCCAGGCGGAAUACACUACACGCUAUCCGAGACACCGAGCUCAUACGCAUGCCACAAACACUAUUCAAUGCAAUCUCCUCCAGACAUCCAGCUACAACUGCACAGCUUCUGCGCACGAUAGCGUCUCGCGUUAGGACUGAAGUCGACUUUUCAACGAGAAACGUACCCCUUGAGUCCUCCCGUAGCAACAGCAAUCUGAAGACAGUCGCCAUCAUACCGUCUUCUCGCAACGUCCCCAUCGAAGCCUUCGGCCGCAAGCUCUAUGCUGCGCUCGAAAGUAUCGGUGCUCCCACUUUCUACCUCAACCAGUCAUCUGUGUCAGACCAUCUUGGUAGACAUGCUUUCACGCGCAUGGGCAAAUUGAAGGCGGCGGGGUGGCUGGCGGAGCAAGAGCAAAAGUAUCGUAUCGUGCUUUACGUCGCAGACUCGGCUGUCAGUAGUGCAUGGACGCAGACAUGCAUUCGACAAGCGGACUACGUGGUGGUGGUUGGAGCGGGUGAAGACCCCACGCUAGGAGAGUACGAGAGAUUACUGCUAUCCAUGAAGACGACUGCGAGGAAGGAGCUAGUUCUUCUUCAUCCUGACCGAACUGUGGUGCCAGGAUCUACUCGUGCGUGGCUGAAGAACCGUCCGUGGGUCCACCAACAUCUACACGUGGAGCUUCCUGGUAUCAUUGUUUCAGUAUCACGUACGACACCUCUCCCGCAAGAUCCUGCCGCAGUGACUGCAUUGAAGAACCUCAAGGACAGGGUUCAAAGCGGCAUACAGCGCUAUCGAGGGGGCUCAGCCGACCCUCGGCCGCAGCGAGGUCCGCACACAAACGACUUCGCUCGCCUUGCUCGUCGGAUAUGUGGGAGAUCGAUUGGAGUCAUACUCGGCGGAGGCGGUGCUCGUGGCAUCUCCCACCUGGGCGUCCUGCGGGCGCUGGAGGAAUAUGGCAUACCAGUGGACCAUAUUGGAGGCACAAGUAUCGGCGCAUUUGUCGGAGGACUAUAUGCACGAGAAGGCGAUCUUUACUCGAGCGCAGCCCGUGUGAAGCAAUUCAGCGGACGAAUGGGGAACAUCUGGCGCAUCCUGUCCGAUGUCACAUACCCCAUGGUGGCCUACACUACCGGCCAUGAAUUCAAUCGUUCCAUCUACAAGGCAUUCUAUGAUCUUCACAUCGAAGACAUGUGGCUCCCCUAUUUCUGUAACUCGACGAAUAUCAAUACCUCGACUAUGGAGAUUCACGAGACGGGCUAUGCGUGGCGGUUCAUCCGAGCGUCGAUGACCCUUGUGGGUCUGCUACCACCGAUAUGUGACAGUGGGAAUAUGCUUGUCGAUGGAGGAUAUCUGGACAACCUUCCAGUCUCGACCAUGAUGUCGAUGGGUGCGAGCGCAGUCAUUGCCUCCGACGUAGGCUCCAUCGAAGACAACCCGCCACGAAAUUUUGGGGAUUCGGUCUCCGGAUGGUGGUUAUUGGCCAACCGUUGGAAUCCUUUCUCGAGCGCGCGAAGCGUGCCCGCUAUCACUGAGAUCCAAAGUAGGCUCGCCUAUGUAUCGAGCAUCAAAACUCUUGAGGAAGCCAAGGUCGCGCGCGGCUGUUUGUACAUGCAGAUGCCUGUGCAGGAGUUUGGUACAUUGCAAUUCGGCAAGUUCGAGGAGAUUCAGAAACGAGGCUACCAUGCGGCGAUGGAGAUAUUGGAGAAGUGGGAAGAAGAAGGAUGUCUUCCUUCGGCAUAUGUGGGUGAAAAGAACAUACCACUAGCGGCUCGAACCAAGGGCCGCAGUGCACGGCGUAAUUCUAUCUGAUUCGAGUCUGGGUUACAAUGGACAUGUACAGCUCAAAUGAUUCAUGCGAGAGUUUCUCAGCCGUGGAUGGCUGUCCUAGGGUCCCUCGCUAUCUAUUUACUGAUCGUCACUCCUCUCAA